AUGGGGCUGUCCAUAUAGCACGGCCCUAAAAAUCGACCACGAGGCGGCCUGACCCGGCACAUUUAACUCCCGUUCUAUAAUAUAGCGCAGAAAGAGAGAGCGAGCGAGCGAGCUUUGUGCAGUAAUGGCUUCGAUGGCUUCCUCCAGUGCCCAUUUCAUCCAUUGCAAAACCUACAACAAAGCUCACAAAGCUUCUCCUUUCGUUCGUAUCAAUAUUACAAAUGGGUCGCCAAAGGAGGAAGAAGAGGCCCCAAAACAGAACACCGACCAAAAGGGGCGCAGGGAAAUCAUAUUGAGGAGCAGUGAAAUUGCGGUUCUCGGAGCUGUUUUCCAUUUCAGUGGAACGAAGCCAAAUUACUUGGGAGUGCAGAAGAAUCCUCUUGGUCUAGCAUUAUGUCCGGCCACCAACAAUUGUGUUUCAACUUCUGAGAAUAUCAGUGAUCUUACCCACUAUGCCCCACCUUGGAACUACAAUCCCGAGGAGGGACGUGGAAGUGAAAAGCCUGUGAGUAAAGAAAAAGCAAUGGAGGAGCUUCUUGAAGUGUUCGUUGAUGAUGUUGAGUUUUGGUUUCCACCGGGCAAGAAAUCAAUCGUACAGUAUCGUUCAGCAUCACGUAUGGGGAAUUUCGACUUUGAUAUCAACAGAAAGAGAAUCAAAGUACUCAGAUUAGAACUAGAGAAGAAGGGAUGGGCAUCAGAAAACACCUUCUGACUAGGCGCAAGAGCAGCAUUCGAAUCAAGAGAUAUUCCCUUUCCCACGUUUUCAUGUCAUGUAUCUUGUUAUAUUGUACUUUGGUUUGGAUACUGAAUAAAUCAGAAUCCAUAAAAAGUUCCAAGAAUUAAUAUUUCAAAGCUUGCUCAUGUAUUUCAAGAAAUGCCAUUCAACACAGUCACUACAUGUAAACAUGAUCGAAGAUUCAAACACAAGCUAUAGGUGAUUGUUCAAAUAAAGAAAUGCAAGUCCCCAGAAAAAAAGUCAUGUCACGACAUUUUCAUUAAAGGAUGCAGACUGCUAGUCCGGGAGUUAAAUAA